UUUUGGACCUUUUAGCAUAUGUAUUACUGUAUCACGAACCCCCGUGUUUUUUAUAUAAUACAAGUAUUAAUUGACUCAAAAGUCGUUAGAAGUGGAGCAAAACAAACAACAACAACAAAAAAAAACAUCAUGUUUGACCAAUACAAUAAUUUAGAUUUUGGAAUUGAAGAGGAUGCCUCUAAUUUGCCACUAAUUUUCUGCCCCUCACCAGGUACCUUGAGUUGGCAAGAUCAAUGUUUGUCUGAUCAUGAUGGUAUCCUAAGUACUGUUAGUAAAAAUGUGGCUAAUUACUCGACAGCAGUACAUGGAGAAAAUGUUGAAACUAUGCAUGAUGAUAGUAAUAAUAAUAAUAAUAAUGAGCCAGAUCCAGCUCAUAUAGUGUCAAAGAAACUGUUUUGCUUUGCCGAUGGCCACAUUCUUGAUCCACACCACGUUGAUUUAUUUUGCUUGGAUCUGUUAAAGAGGACAUAUCAACUUACCAUUCAUCGACACAAUGAAUCCGACUCAUUUUCCUUGACAAAAGUUCGUGUAGUAUCAUCAGACCUAGUCCAGUUGCUGGAGGUAUUUCUGUUGUCUAAAGUGCGGCUGAUGUUCCUCAUAGAUGAAGAGUACUGGCUCCUUACGGAUGAGCUGAACCUCAAAGGGACGGGGCAGUCACAUUUACAGAUGGAAGUACGACUUGCCUUUUCAUUGCAAAACGUGAUGAAAUCCACUAUGCGUUAUGCCAUUUCUCAUGCCGCUUCAUCCAGAAAGACUAACAGCCAAAAUGUGAAAUCUUUUGUUGUUUGUGAGUUUGAGAAUGAACUUUUCCUUGAUCAAAAUGCAGAUUGCAGAGGAAAGUCAAAAUCCUUCAUUCCUUGUCGGAGCAACAUUAAGUUAUCCCCCUGUAGGGUGGCUUCGGUAGUUUAUAGUCUCUACCUAUAUGGGGAAGUGCAUGAAGAUUUUACAAUCCUAGGGUGUGUUUUCGACAUUGGUUCAUCUCUCUGCAGUUCAAGUACAAGUGUCAAGUUCUCUUAUCGCACUGAGCAUCAUUCUUCUCCUGGUCAUUCGCAAGAUUACGAUUCUCAUGGGACUUUGUCUCUGAGCCCGUUGUUACCCUCUGAAGAGUCACCCGUUGGAUGCUUUAAGAUUGCAUACUGUCCGCAGAGAGCUCGAUUAACUUCCAAAAGUCAUAGAAGCCCUGGUAGUAACAAGCAAAAACAACAUGGCUUAUCUCCAUAUCCAGAUUCUGCAGUAUUUCAAAGUUCAUCAAAUGGAGAGAUGUUAUUGGAAGCAUUCAACGAAAAUGCAAAUGCUAGUAAUGAAAUCCAAGAGGUUAUUGUAGACAGUCGAACAAACAUUCAAAACAAACGAAAGAAGCCAAGCGCAACACGGAGUUUAGAAGAUGCUAGUAAUGAAAUCCAAGAGGUUAUUGUAGACAGUCAAACAAACAUUCAAAACAAAAGAAAGAAGCCAAGCACAACACAGUGUGCUGCUAGCUUGAUUAGUUUAGAAGACCUUAAACAGAACUAUGGCAAGAAACGAGCAGAGGCUGCUGAAAGAUUUCAAGUUAGUGUUUCUACAUUUAAGCGAAGAUGCAGAGAGGUUGGCAUUCUCCGGUGGCCACCCGUUUCCGAGAAAAAGAGAAAAAUGAAGGAAAAAGAAGCAGAUAAUAUAGAUGAGAGUAAUAAUUUCGAAGAAAAAACUUCGGCAAUACUGAACUGUACGCCCAAAAGACAGGCAGUAGAUUGUGGUACUAAAGUUUCAUCUUGCUACAACUCAACAUCUGGGACUACUGAAGGCAUUUAUGGUUAUGCCGUUGAUGAUAUGGAUUCUACUCCUAUGGGAGUUCAACUUUUUCUUGACUCAACAUCGGUGCAGCCACUGAACUCAACUUCUUGCGAUGAAAACAGUGGACAGAAGACAAAGCUGCUUUUCGAUAACUUGAUUGCAUUGCCUCUCAAAGAUCUAAUCGACCCUGAAAAUGAAACUUCCAUGGAAAAAGCAUUGUCCAUCCUAGCAGACAACCUCUCUUUGUUUUCAGAAGAACAAGCCGAACAAAUACUUGAACUCUCAGUCGAUUUUCAUGCGCUCGUGCAUAGCUGGAGACAGUAUUCUCAAUCGCAAGGGCGCAGUCAAAAGUCCUUAGCUGAAACGGAGAAAAUUAGAGAUUUGGCGGAGACAUCAGUGAAAGAUGAAGAGAGUCUUAAUGUCAGAUACGAAGAACUCGAAAGAAAGGAACAGGAACUGAUGGCACAAUUGGAAGCAGUGCAGAAAGAGAAGGCAGGGAUAGCUGAACAAAGGAACGAAAAAUCCAAGCAGACCAAGCACUUGGUUUCUUUGGCAGAGGAGAAAACAACAAGUACCACCAAAGAGAAACACAUGAUGAAAAUAGCCACUACCAAGCUGAACACCUUAGUUGAUCAGUGGACUAAAAUACAAUCUUUCUUUAUCUAGAUUUCCUAGUAAAACUCAAUUAGGUUCCACAAUGUUUGUCGCUUUAGCUGAAGGCAUUAUUUUCUGUAUAAUUAAGCGAGUUGAUUACUCAUGAAGUCAUUCAGCUAAUAAAAAAUUGUGCGAGGAAGUCAUUUUUCUUUAUUUUGUAACAAAAAAAUCACUUUAUUUUUUUCAUUUCACCUAUAAAGUUAUUGACUACACUCCAA